GCGCACACAGUUGCAGCAGCUCAGUGUCUACCCGGUCGGUGCCUUGUAUGGUUGUUUAUGUUCGCGUUAUGUCUUGUUUUGUGUUCAUUUUGUCGGGCGAGUAACACCUUUAGCCGGCACGAUCUCCUUAAGAUCGGACUAUGUUACGAUCGGAGUGUUACAAGCGAGUUUCUCCGUCUUCACAAGAUUCCAGUGGAGUUAGCGAGGAGGCCCGGCUCUCCGUGGAUUAUCAUCCCGGCGGGGAGGAGGCGAAGGCGGCGUAGAGAGAGAAGACGGAGGCGAGGCUGCAGGGCCGAAGCCCUGGAUGACCCGGGAGGUCCAGCAACUGCUGAAGGAGAGGAAUAUCGCCUUCAACUCCGGAGACAAAGCUCUCUACAGUACAGCCCGAGCUAACCUGAAGAGAGGCAUCCGCAAGGCCAAAGCAGACUACAGGAGGAGGAUUGAGGAACGCCUGGACAGUCACGACAGCAGGCAGGUGUGGCAGGGAGUCCAGCACCUCACCAACUACAGGGCCAACCGCGGAGCUGCUGAUGGUGACAACGCUCUGGCAGAGGAGUUGAACCUCUUAUUUGCCCGCUUUGAGGUGACACCACAAGGGACAGCAUCACCAAACCUCACGGUCCACAGCAGCUUAAACCUCACAGUAGAGGAGCAUGAGGUGAGGCGCACGCUGCGGGCCGUCAACCCGAGGAAGGCUGCGGGACCUGAUGGCGUCCCGGGACGUGUGCUGAGGGACUGUGCUGACGAGCUGGCUGGAGUCUUCACAAGGAUUUUCAACCUGUCUCUGGAACAGUCCACUGUACCAACCUGCCUAAAGUCCUCCACCAUAGUCCCGCUGCCCAAAAAAACCCACAUUUCCAGCUACAACGACUACCAGUCAGUAGCACUCACGCCAGUGGUGAUGAAGUGCUUUGAAAAACUGGUCCGGAGUCACAUCAUAGGAAGCUUGCCCAGAAACCUUGACCCCCACCAGUUUGCCUACAGAGCGAACCGAUCCACGGAGGACGCCGUGGCCACAGCACUACAUGCUGCACUGUUACACCUGGAGCAGCCGGGGAGCUAUGUGCGGAUGCUCUUCGUGGAUUACAGUUCCGCGUUCAACACCAUCCUCCCACACAAACUGGUGGAAAAACUGGGCGACCUGGGGAUUCCACAUUCCACCUGCAUGUGGAUAUAUAGUUUCCUCUCGGGCCGCAGACAGAGGAAAGUACAUCUUUGCUGA